AUGGAAAAUAUCUGCUAUCGGUGUUCCAUAGCUGCAAAAUACCUAAGCGAUGAUGCUUACCUAUUUUUCGACGGAUAUUUCUUAAACCAUUUUAACCACGCCACACCAGACGUGAAAAGAAACCGAAAUAGUAAGAUCUUUCUAGAAAAUGAUAAGAAAUGGUUUUCAGAAUAUCUAGCGGAUCAGCGUAAGAACACGAAAGAAGGAGAACUGCAAAAUGUGUAUAAGAGGGUGUACACGAAUUUAUACCUAUGCAAAAUGUGCAACGGGCUACACAACAUCGAUUUGAUCCUUUUUUACAAUAAAAAUAGUUGUUUCCAUCAUGAAGUCUUAAAGGAAAAUUCCCCUAUCACCGCACAAGAGGAAAAAAAUAUGAACAGUGUAUUUAAUAACAUAAAAAAUAUACUUCGACUUCUGAACAAUAUUGAUAUAGUUUUUUUUUUCCUCUACCUACAUAAAACGAAGCAAAUUUUUUGCGAAGAAGAAAAUGUUACCCAUGACACAUUUCACCACAAUUUUCAACGUAUAGAAAAGUACAUUUUAAUACCUCCCAAAAAAACAAGCAAUCAUAUUUCGAAUAAACAAAUCGGAAAGACGUUUGCAUAUUUUUUGAUUUAUUUUUACCUAACAUUUUACCUUAAGAUAUUUGAUAGUCUGUGCCUAAAUGUGGCCCAAACUGAAUUCGUCAUCAACUUGUACAAACACGCAGUGUUAAUUUUUAAUGCUGAUACAGGUGAACACCAAACGGUAAAAAGCAAUGAGUCCUCUGAAACAACACAUAAAAAUAACAGGAGAAAAUAUGGCCUUUACAAUAAGAAAAGGAAAGUAAGAAAUGACAGUGGUGGCGAUAAAGAAACUGCAACAUUGCACAAGGACAAUAAUGACGAUUUUGCAAAAAAUGAGGAAGAAAGUGAAGAGGUAGAAAAAAAAAUGAAUGUCACAAGUGGGUCCGAUGAAGGGGAAGAUAGGGAAUCAGCCCACACAGAAAGAGUUACAAACGCUGAAGGGAGAAAUAGGGAAUUAGACUCCAACCCCCCACUUCCAACCUUGGACGUAUACAUAUCGCUUAACAACUUAUGCGUAUGUGGCUACUACAAUAAAUAUAACAGAGAGAUGUCACAAACCAAGUGGUUCAUAAAUAAUGAAUCCCAAAGUGCAUUGUCAGUGGAAGAAUGCAUUUAUCACAUUUUUAAAAGAACAUUCCGAUCGACUAAUGAGGUGUUUAUGGCGUCCGGAAGGGAAGACAAAGAUGUGCGAAUGAUGAACAUAGGAAGACCCUUCGUCUUUGUCCUGAAAGAAACUAAAUUCUCCUUCCUAAAUUUUUAUCUUUUUUUUAGUAAGUUAAGAAGGAUGGAAUUAACUGACAUUGCUAGUGGGAACUCCCUCGAAAUUAAGACAAUAGAUCAGAUAAAUCUGUUUCUUCAACAGGCAAACUGUGCAGAUAACAAUUCUGUAAAAGACAGCGUGUCCAUAUUGAACGAGGGAAAUUACCCCCCGCAGAGAAUUAACGACAGCUAUGCACUGAUAAAGAAAGAAGACACCAUUUCAUUGUACGAUUUAGAUUCCCAUAAAGUUCUUGCAGAACAAGAAAAGGAUAAGACGGUGCAGGAGCAGAAGAUACACAACUUGAACCUUUCGCGUAACUACAAUAAGGAGCUGGAAGUCCUGCUAUCCGGUGAGUACAUCGGGGAGAAGGAACUGGGAAUUUUUGACCCAAUUGCGAAAAAAGAUCCUAUUCACCUAAAUGAUGCCAGGCAAGACUCCGAAAACGGCAAUUGCGACCAUCUUAAUGGAUGUGUGCCCCCAAACGGAGCGACGAAUUCGGGCAUCAUAAAGAAAAACAUUACACAGAAUGCCAAUCGAGACUAUAAUAUCGACAUCCUUGUGGACGUAAAAUUCAGCAACGUUGCUUUUAGCACAAAUUAUGCCUUGAUAAAAAAAAUUAUGAAGUAUGGUGAAGAGAGAAAAAAGUCCUAUAAAUGCAUUAUAUACCACUCCUCCUCAAUGACUAAAGAAAAAAUACAAAAAAUAAAUCAGGACGUUUUAAGUUAUGAUAAAAACGACAUUUGUGUACUUAGCGUAAUACAGAAAACUCCAAUAAGGGUACUCCAUAGAAGGAGUCUACUAAAACGGGAAAGGAAAAUUUUUGAAUUCAAUCUCGUCCUUGUUCAUGAACAUUUUUCUCUAUUAUAUUUAUUGGCGCAAUCAGGGAUGUAUAUAAAAGAGUUCGUUAAUGGAGACAGAGGAAGAACUUUUCCAAACUUGAAACACUUCUUUGGGCAUGACACUUUCGUUAAUAUAUUAAACUUAGAUGUAUCAAGUUUUACGUAUGAUUUAAAUGUCCAGUAG